GAAGACAAGGAUCCGGAGGGAAGGAGGGGCAGAGGCGGCCAGAUAAAGUAGCUCAAAGCCCAGCUUCCUGAACGUUGCGGAGGGUCUGGGGAACGGACCGUGUCCCGGGACAUCGCUACUUUCUGGGGCUGAACUGCAGGAUGGGUUCACCCGAAGACGAUUACAGUUUUGUUUUUAAAGUGGUUCUGAUCGGAGAGUCCGGCGUGGGGAAGAGCAACCUUUUGUCUCGUUUCACUCGCAACGAGUUUAACCACGACAGUCGGACCACAAUCGGUGUCGAGUUCUCCACGCGGACUGUGAUCAUUGAGGGCGUGCCUGUGAAGACCCAGAUCUGGGACACGGCGGGACUGGAACGCUACCGAGCCAUCACUUCCGCGUAUUACCGGGGGGCAGUGGGAGCGCUCCUGGUAUACGACAUCACCAAGCACUUGACCUACGAGAGUGUGGAGCGCUGGCUGAACGAGCUGCUCGACCAUGCGGACAACAAGCUGGUGGUCAUGCUGGUGGGGAACAAGACUGACCUCAGCGAGAUCCGAGCUGUCCCCAUUGAGGAGGCCAAGUCUUUUGCAGAGAAACAUGAGAUGCUGUUCAUGGAGACUUCUGCCCUCGACUCAACCAAUGUGGAGCUCGCCUUUCAGACGGUGAUCACAGAAAUCUUCCACCGGCGUGCCCAGAAUCGAGGCAACAAGCAAGUGAUCAACAGUGUUUCUAUCAGCGCCAACAGCUUCUCCAACGAGGGAGCCUCAACAGAGGUCGCGACCAAGAAGCCUUGCUGUCAAAACAUCUGAUCUGCCGCUGGACGCCGAUUCUAAGCCCUCGGGAUCCUGCAUUGUUUUGUAUAUUAUCCGCUCCCAGACAUCCCCCCUGAGCCCUGUCCCGCUCCAACCAGCCAACCCCUCCCUCCCGCACUCCACCGUCAUGGGAGGCCCACUGGCAUCGUGGUUGGGGACUAUGCGGUUGGCAUCAAUCAGACUUGCCCAACCCAACCUUGCCUGCCCACCUUGUGAAGGCUCCGUGUGGGGCCAGCAACAGUGCCCGUGCCCACCAGUGGGCAGACCCAAAUGGCUGCCCAGCCCCUGGUAGGCACAUCCCUGCUUUGUAGUCUGAGACUCUGCCUCGGAAGGGGUAGGAGUGUCCCAACUUUGUCAGAGUCAAUGGAGGUGGGAGCGCCACAUUAACAGGAUAUUGGGAAAGGGGCUGCUUGGGAAUUAGACUGGCGUCAAUACUUGCUACCUGGAUUCAUUCUGAGGGUCCCUCUCACUGUUGGCCGUGAGGGUCCCAGCUCCAUCGAUUAUUCAGCCAUCUUCACCCAGUUCCUCGUUAAAAUGGGCCCCAGACAACCCACUACCCCCAGCUCCCGACACAAUCCCAUUCAGACGGCACUUGCAUGGGAGUUAGUUCAUAGGGAGUGCUCUGUGAUUGUUGUCAAUGCACCUUACUGGGACAGUGUAGAGCGAGCUUUCCUCUGUAUCUAACCCCGUGCUGUACCUGUCCUGGGAGUGUUUGAUGGGGACAGUGUAGAGAGAGCUUUACUCUGUAUCUAACCCCGUGCUGUACCUCUCGUGGGUGUAUUUGAUUGGGACAGUGUAGAGGGAGCUUUACUCUGUAUCUAACCCUGUGCUGUACCUGUCCUGGGAGUGUUUGAUGGGGGCGGUGUAGAGGGAGCAGACUUCCUCUGAACCGCCUGGGAGUUGGGUACGGUGAUAUGGGAACCGGAGACACGUCCCCCACCUGUCUUCACCAGAACUUGCCGAAACCCUUGCUGCAGUUGUGUGAGACAAAGGUGGCCCAUGGAACCCUUGUUGUGCGGGGAGGCAGGAUAGUGAGUGUUCGUGAGGGGAGUUCAGGGUGCCCUGGUGAGGAGUGGAGUGGGCUGGGAAGGAAAGUGAUUCUUAGCUCUUCAAUCGGUAGCAGGAGCUUCCACGUUGGGGUAAAUACCCCAAGCGUUGCCUGUACAGUAUGUGGCGGCCAAUGGGAAUGAAAGAUAUUGGUUAAGGGAGAUGGUGAAGCCCUCUUGACCCCAGGUCAUGUGCCACUAACCAGGUGGCUCAUUGGCAAAGACUGUCAAAGUUCCUCCCAGCGCAUACAAUCCCAGUUCCGGGUAGCAAUAAUGGAAUUUUGACACCUCAGCCUGGAUGUCCCCAUCCGGAGCUGUCCGGAAUGACGACGGGGAGGAUUCAAAUGUUAGUGUACGUUUGGCGAUGUUUCAAUGGGUGGCCAUUUUCAAAAAAUAAAUCAAAUAAAGGGGAUUUCUUCUCA